AUGGCCAUCCGUAAAGACCUUAUAGGGGCGGUUAGGGUCGAGAACCGCACUGAUUUAGUAGACCACCCCUAUUUACAGGCCCUGGACAUAUGGGAAGCACCAAUAAUUAGCGGGCAUGCCCCCCGACGCACUAGAAUAGUCAACUGCUAUGAUGUGUGGAUUGGGGCCAGUUACCGGUGGCAAGGGGCCUUCCCUAGACGACGCCGGGCCAUCGAGGACGCAGACUGGGACCUGCUUAUAGUGGGUAGGUGCCUAUUAGUGGGUGAUUUCAACGCCCAUAGCCCUUCGUGGAACCCACUGGCCAAGGGCCGGGUUAACGCUGAGCCCUUGGAACAGCUUAUAGAGCGGCACUCACUAUAUGUUAAUAACCCACUGGGGGAGGCCACACGCUAUAAGAAGACCGAGGGGGUGUCAAUUAUUGAUUUAGCGUUAUCCUCGCCAACCCUAGGGCCUCUGCAAGCCUGGGAGGUGGAUAAGGAUAAGCCUACAACAUCUGACCAUGAGCUUAUCGUCCUAGCCUGGGAAGCCCUAGAACCCCCCCCAGGAGGAAUCUCCGGGGAGAUUACUGGGUGGCAGAUAGAAGCUCUGCAGGUAAACGAGGAAGCCCUAAAGCUGGCCACAGCAGCUUGGGCCUCAGAGGCUGUAGGCCACCCCCCUCUUAGUGAUCAAUGCACCGAGGAAGACCUUGCUAGAGAGGCCAAUUGGGUGCAGGACACCCUAACCAGCGUACUCGAUAGGCAUGCCAAAGCAGUACGGCUUUGUGCACGCUCUAAGCGGUGGUGGAAGCCAGAGCUGCGGCAAGCCCGGAGCUUAUGGGCUGCAGCCCGCAAGCGGUGGCAGGCCCAUGCCUGUACCGACACCGAAUUCAAGGCUGCAAGAACCGCUUAUUACCAUGAAAUAAAGGCGGCUAAAAGGACCUGCUGGGAGGUCUUCCUUGCUGAGGGAGGCCCUGGGGGGAAGGAAGAGUGGAAAAAAGGUUCGAACCCCACUGGGAACCCUUUUCCCAAAGGCCCUAGGGAUGGCCUGGAAAAGCCUUCUCCAGGAGAUCCUAAUAGGCAGCUAGAAGCAGCGGCAAAAGCUGCUAUUGAGUGGGGACUGGCAAAUAGCGUCAAAUUCGACCCUAAAAAGACAGAGGCCAUCCUAUUCUCUAGGGCCACCAGCAGGGAACAUAAAAAUCAGGUCCAGGAAGCUAGGGUGCAGGUAGGAGACGCUUUAGUGGCAUUCUCCCCAACAGCCAUCCGGUGGUUAGGGGUCUUACUAGAUCCAAAGCUUACCCUCAAAGCCCACUAUAAGUACCGCCUGCAAAAAGGUCAAAAUACUGAAAGACGAGUGCGGGCACUGUGCAAGGCCCAGGGGCUCCCCCCAGGCCUGGCAUGGCGAAUCCAAAAGGCCACCGCGCAGUCAGUGGCGCUUUAUGGGGCCGAGCUUUGGUGGCAUGGGCAAAAGAACUGCCUAGAAGGACUGCAGGGCCUAAUUAAUAACCAGGCCCGGGCAGUCACAGGCAUGCUGAAGUCCACCCCAUUAGGACCGCUUAUAAGGGAGGCAGCUUUGGAACCAGCAGAGGCCCUAUUAGAUAGUAAACAGCGGCGGUAUGCCCUGAGACUCCUAGGACUUCCCCAGGGGCAUCCAGCAGCAGAAAUACUCCCCAUAACGCUUAGGGAGGGAGACGCCCAUGCACAGCCUGGAGAGCAGCCGCUAGAAGACCGAGCUUGGGCAACACCAACCCGCCGAGGCCCCUGGAAGCUGGGCAUGGGCCUGGCCCGCAGGCUACGAGAGGCCUUGACCGCCGACCCCCCUCCAGGGCUUUGA